AUGAUCUUCGAGUCUACGGCUGGACUGAUUCGAUGGUGGUCCUGGGUUGGAUACAAGGUGACCCAGCACGAUGGAAAUAAUACAGUACUGGAUGACCAAUUCGCCGAACAAUACCAACGGGAUAUUGAACUCAUCAAGGAAAACAAGAAACAUCUGGCUCUAUUAUCAAAAAAUCAGACAUCUGUAAUCGAAGCUGAAUAUAAUGUACUAAGGAGAUCAGAGGAAACAAUAGAAAAACAAUACAAAUUAUUCCAUCAACAUCUGCUCAACUUAGAACGGCUUACAAACAACCUUCAGCAUGAGAUUGAGUCUCAAGAAUUAGCAAUCGAGUUUGUGAUGUCCCCUAUCUCUGCAAACAGCUUUAUAGAACAUCUACGAAACGUUCAAGAGAUCUUGCUGGAUACCGUAACAAAUAUUUACAAUGGCAAGAUGAACUUGCACCUCAUCGUGCCAGAACAGUUACGGGAUGAAUUAAAUAUCAUAUCAGGUCAGUUAUCGCAGGAUGUGGCACUACCCAUCACCAACAUUCAAGAAGAUUUUUUCCGCUUGUAUCAUCUCUUACAAGUGAGGGCAAGAAUGUUACAAAGAUACCUCAUCAUUGAGAUACGAAUGCCGUUAAUUAGCAGAGAAACCUUCGAAGUUUACAACCUCAUACCCAUCCCAAAAAAGAAAGGUGUCGACAUGGUCACCCUACUGCCGCUAGCGGAAAUAGUGGCAAUCAACAUACAUAAGAAUUCCUACCUUCCUAUGACGGUUACUGACCUACAUCAAUGCACACACUACGACAGCACGACUCUGUUGUGCCCCAUAAGAACACCAGAAUACCACAUGAAGUCCGACGAAAGUCUUUGCAAGAGGAACAAAGGCUCGCUUAACUGCAAAACAAACCACGAAGGAUGUCGCAACAUCUGGUGGGAACUUAACAAAAUAAAUAGUUACUUGUACUUUUGCUGCGACGCUUGCAAAAUACGCGUCAUAUGCGGGAAUCAAGUUACUACUGAAACACUAAUCAACGCAGGGGUAAUGACACUCGGUAUCGACUGCACUAUCAAUAGUGAAACAUUCACGGUGCAUUCCCAAAGGCUAUCAACAGACACAAUUCAUACCCAAGUCGAAGAAGUCACCUUAGAAAUCCCGCCAAUCAAUGAGAUCAUCAAUUUGUCGGUACCGGAGUUGAAACAAGAACCCGAAAAUGAGAUGAAGGAACAAAGCACAUUACUGCAAGAUCUGGGUAAACAAAUUGAACAGUUGAAAGCAGCGACACCAGAAACCAAUCUAUCAGAUCGAGCAACAUACCACGAUGUUCACCAAUAUGUGCACCCAGACAACAAGGUCAACUGCCAGCAUUGUGGAAAACCCUGCAUUUGA